UGUGGGUUCAAAACCCAUAACUCACACUUUUUUUUUUCUUUUUGUUUCCUGCUUUCCUCAAGACUGAAGAACGCAAUUACCUCCUUCCUCUUCCUCAUUCCCCCAAAUUGUAAAACCAUAACCUCUUCCUCUUCCGCCUGUCCCUCUGUCCCCCAGCCCCGCAGCCGACGCGUCAUCAGCCAGGCAACGACUCCGACGGUCCGACGUGGGGAGACGUCGUUGAAUUUCGUCCUCGUACUCUGGUAGUGAGUUUCGAACCCACACUUCGAAAAUCCUUGAGACGCCACUGCUCAGUCGUGUAUGCAGUUGAAGCCACUUAACCCUUGAAACCCAAGAGAGAGAAAUGAGAAGAGUUGCGUCAUUGUUGUUGAAGAAGAACAAAGCCUUGAAUUCCAUUUUAUACAAUAAUGUCAAGGGAUUUUUGAGUAAUUCCAGCAGUUGCAGAACUUUUUCUUCUUCUAAUGAAGGCUUCAGAUUCUUCUCCUCUGCAAUUGGUUCUUCUGCUUCAAUUACUGCUCGAAAUGCCGCCAUUUCUAGCUUCCGAUCUUUUCCCAAGGUUGUCCAUAGAUACUCGAUGAGGGGUAUGUGCACAGCUUCUUCAGUUCCGAUUGAAAAGGCAGGAUUAAAGCUAUUAGUGACAGCUGGGCCACGUGCUCAGAUGAUGGUUGGAAUUUGGCUAUUCGGUUCUGCGGCAUGGGUGUUCAGCAUGGUUAUUCUUGGUGGAAUUACUCGACUUACUCGCUCUGGACUUUCGAUGACUGAUUGGAAAUUUACUGGGAACCUUCCUCCUAUGUCAGAGGAAGAAUGGGCACUUGAAUUUGAGAAAUACAAGCAAUCCCCCGAGUACAAGCGUAUUAACAAGGGGAUGAGUCUUGAAGAUUUCAUGUUCAUUUAUUGGAUGGAAUAUGCACAUCGAAUGUGGGGAAGGGCACUCGGUGUCAUGUUUGCUUUGCCAUUUUCAUAUUUCCUGCGUAAAGGGUUUAUUACAGUACGUCUUGGUCUGAGGCUUUCAACUCUAUUUGCUCUUGGGGCUGGGCAGGGGCUCAUUGGCUGGUGGAUGGUUAAAAGCGGUCUUGAGGAACCUGUAUCAGAAUAUGCCGAGCCAAGGGUAAGCCCUUACCGGCUAGCAGCUCACCUUACUUCGGCUUUUGCUAUAUAUUGUGGUCUUCUUUGGACUGCUCUUUCUGUAGUGAUGCCUGAACCACCAGCUGAGUCGUUAGGAUGGGUUAAUGGUGCAGCAAAACUUAAGAGACUUGCCAUCCCCGUGAGUCUUCUUGUUGGUCUCACUGCAGUCUCAGGAGCAUUUGUUGCUGGAAAUGAUGCUGGUCGUGCAUAUAAUACCUUUCCUAAGAUGGGUGAUACAUGGAUUCCAGAUGAUGUUUUGAGUAUGAAGCCAAUUAUGAGAAAUUUUUUUGAAAAUACAUCUACAGUACAGUUGGAUCAUCGUAUCUUAGCCACUGCAACCUUGGCAUCAAUCUGCGGUUUGUGGUGGACAGCAAGGAAGUUGGAUAUCCAUCCUGCUGUGAGAUCUUUGGUUGGCAGCACUCUUGGAAUUGCUGGUCUACAGGUUACUCUGGGAAUCUCAACUUUGUUGUCAUACGUUCCGGUUUCACUUGGCACAGCUCAUCAGGCUGGAGCAUUAACUCUUUUAACUAUGAUGAUCCUGCUUAAUCAUACUGUUCGCAAGCCAUCUCUCUCUCUCCUAAGAACUCUGCCUUCAGUUGCAAAAGCAACAUAAUCAUUCGGACUCUAUGUUUUACGAUUUGUUUACUCUUUCAGCAAUAGAAGCAUAUGCAACACAUCCUCCUUGUGACUACAACAUCAAACAAUCUCGGUGUCUCUCUCCUCUCUGGAGUGGAUGAAAGUUCGAUGUUUUGAAGUUUACAUUUAUUAAUCAAAAUGUAAUUACUUAAACUUUAUUGCUUUGACCAUUUUUUCAAUAAAACAGCUUCAAUUGAACAUACAAUUAUUACAGACAUCUUUUGCUUCUGAGCAACCAUUUUUCUCACAUUUUGACUUGUAUAAACUAAUUUUCAUUCUCCCGUUUCUUUACCUGGAAGUGGUUUGCUAUAUGAUCGAGUUGCCUUACAGUCUUACACUAUCGUACAAACCUUUGUUAUGAGAGAAUGUCUUUA